UGCUCAGCGGUUUAUUUCUUAAGCUUCUUUUUCGAGUCUUCAAAAAGAGUAGUUUAUCCGCUUCGCUGUUUCUGAUAGUGCCGGAAAGGCCCCUUUCUCUUACACCCACUUUAUUACUGUGGUCGGCGUCCUAGUCCCUGGGGAGACCAGCCCUUCCGCGGUGCAGAGUUCGGAAUGGAGCUGGACCGUGCCGAGCUCUCGCCGGGAGGCGCUUCCUCGCCGACACAGUGGUCUCCCUCGGCCCUCGGACAGGCCUGCUCCGAGGUCUUGCACCGUCUUACCGGCCAUGAGGCUCGGCGGGCCAGCGCGAGACGAGUCGCUCUUAAAGACUUCAGCGCGCUGAUAGAAACUACAGAAUGGGACAGGUUGUUGGAGGGGAGCGGCCAGCCGCUCCGCCGGGCGGCCGAGACCCUGGGGCAGGUCACAAAGGCCCUAGAGAAGUACGCAGCCCCUCCCAAAGAGGAGGCCUGUGCGGGCUCUGCUCACUCCGAAGUCCCCGAGAAAGCUGUAGAAGUCGGUGUGCUGUUUCUUAGGUUGUUGGAGAAAGUUGAGGCUGGCAAGAAUUGUUUGGUCUGCCCUGCGUGGAAGACGGUCCUAGGUCACUUGGCAGGACCCAUCUAUAUUUUUGCCAUCACACACCUCUUGGAGCAGCCAUGGACCAGCCCAAGAUCUCGGGAGGUGGCUGGAGAGGUGCGUUCCUCGCUGCUUAAAGUCACUCAGUGCAGUUCUGUCGCAGGAUUCCUGCGCGGAGAAAAUGAAGACGAAAGAUUUCCUGUGAUCAUGGGGCUUCUCAAGCCCUACUUGAAUAAGGAAUCCUGGAAGAACAACCCUGCAGUCAAACAUGUUUUCUCAUGGACCCUGCAGCAGGUCACUCGACCCUGGCUGACCCAGCAUCUGGAAAGGAUACUUCCCCCAUCUCUGCUCAUCUCAGAUGAUUAUCAAACUGAGAACAAAGUCCUGGGUGUUCACUGCCUCCAUCAUAUUGUGCUUAACGUGCCAGCUGCUGAUUUGCUCCAGUAUAAUAGAGCCCAGGUUGUGUACCAUGCUAUUUUCAAUCACCUGUACAUGCCAGAGCACCACCUCAUUCAGGCAGUGCUCCUGUGUCUGCUGGAUUUGUUCCCCAUCCUGGAGAAAGCCCAGAACUGGAAGGGAGAUGCAUCUCGCCCCACCACACACUGUGAUGAGGUGCUGCAGCUGGUCCUGACCCACAUGGAGCCAGAGCAUCGCCUUCUCUUACGCAGGACCUAUGCCAGAAACCUACCAGCUUUUGUGAACAGGUUGGGAAUCCUAACUGUGCGGCACAUGAAGAGGCUGGAGCGAGUCAUCGUUGGUUAUUUGGAAGUUUAUGAUGGACCAGAAGAGGAGGCUAGAUUAAAGAUACUGGAAACCUUAAAACUUCUCAUGCAGUAUACUUGGCCCAGAAUUUCUUGCAGAGUAGUAGUCUUAUUGAGGGCUCUCUUGAAACUGAUAUGUGAUGUAGCACGGGACACAAACCUAACACCAGACCCUGUUAAGAAUGCCCUGCUACAGGAGGCCACAGACUGCCUGAUUCUCCUGGACCACUGCUCUCAAGGACGGGUAAAGGGUCUUCUGGCCAAAAUUGUCCUAAGCUGUGAUGACAGCACAGUGGUGAGCUGUAUUAGAAAAGUACAGUGGGUGUCUGCAGAUGCUUCCUACCAUGGCACUUAAGGUUACUUUCCAAAAAGAAAGGAUUUUCUUCCUAUCCCAGACUGUAUGGAGUUACGGCAAAAGCAUCUGAAGAGUCACUCUCUGCCUCCUGUUGCUCCAGAGCCUUGUCAAAGGCAUGAAUGGGGAAGUUGUAGAUGUCGCCAUACUGAAGAACAGACACAGACUGCCUUUAACUACAUUUGGGUAUUACACUUGAAGUUCUACUGUUUACAAGCAUAUUAUUUUUUUCUGAGGGACUUAAAUGACAAUACUUAACUUUGAUGAUAUUCCUAUGUUAUUUCCAAGCCUAUAGCCCAUACUGUAGCCAAUUUUUGACAUUUAAAUAACCAGUGGUUAAUAUCAAAUAGAUAAUUUCCAGGGAGGAUGAAACCAGGUCAUUUAAAACUUCUGUAAUCCUAGCUACUCGGGAGGCUGAGAUCCAGAGGAUCUUGAUUCAAGGCCAGGCAAACAGUUUGGGAGACCCUCAUCUCCAAAAUAACCAG